AUGCCUUCACGUCGUCCAGAACCCAUCGACAGUGAUCUUCCAACACUUUCCAGUGUAGAAACAAUCGAGAAGCCAGAGCCAGUCUCUGAAGUUUCUUCCACUCCUACUCAUACACCUUCACCACCUUCCAUCAGCACUGGAUCCUUCAAACAACUAUUCUCCCUACUAUCUACCCGUCAUCGCUUCCUGAUCCUUCUUCCUGCCAUCAUUUCCUCUGUUAUCGCUGGCGGAAUCGCACCAUUCAUGACAAUCGUCAUUGGUCAAAACUUCAACGCUUUCGCUCAGUUUCCUCAGACUCCGAAUCCUUCAGAAUCCGCAAAGCACCAGCUGCUACACGACGUCGGCAUUGCUGCACUCGAACUUCUUGGUCUCGCAGUCGGCAGCUUUCUCCUCAGCGCCAUCACCAGUAGCUUGUGGAUAUGGACUGGAGAACACAACGUGCGCGAAGUACGCCGAAGAGUUUUCGGGAGUGUCCUCAGUCAGGAAAUGAAGUGGUUCGAUAUGAAAACACAGGGCGAUAGUGUCGGCGCUGCGGGACUUAUGGCACAGUUCAAUCAGGAUACCGAUUCCAUUCGCCUAGCUUCUUCGUUGGCUUCUGGUUUACUACUCCAGCACCUUGUUACAACCAUCACUGCCCUCGUCCUUGCUUUCGUCGGUUCUCCGCUAUUGGCGCUCCUCACUCUAUCUACUGUCCCCAUCCUAUCAAUUGUUCAAGCAAUCUCCCAGCGUCUUGCCGGUCCUUUACUUAUGAAUGAACGCAAGGAUGGAGGGCAGUUGGCUACCCUCCUUGAACGUACCUUCACUUUCAUCUCUACUGUAAAAGCCUUCACCGCUGUGCCCUUUCACAAGGCCAAGCUUCACAAUCUGCUCACCGGACGUAUGCGCUCUAACGAAAUCUCUUUGAACGCCAUAUGGGGUCUUUCCAGUGGCUCUUCACAAUUCGUCAUGAUGAGUAUGUUUGUCCAGGCAUUCUGGUUUGGCUCCAAGCUUGUGCGGGAAGGCACGAUCCAGCCGGGCGCAGUCAUGAGCGUAUUCUGGGCUUGCUUAAUUGCGACGAGCAACCUUCAAAUGUGUGUCCCUCAGCUGGUUACCGUCGGCAAGGGCAAGGUCGCAAUGGCAGCUUUGAUGGCUCUAGUGAAGGAGAACCCCGACUAUCAACCAGAUGUAGAAGUCUUGCCACCUUCGCACCCUUACAACACACCGUCUACUCCUAUAUCAGCGACUUUUCCUCCCCACUCCCCUGCGUCGUCUGCGACGUUGACCACCUACUCUGCACGUCCCGGCCGUUCCAUACAUCGCUCUAGUACCACCAAGUCCCGCGUUCUUCGCAAAAUCCGUCCUUCCAGGUUCAAAGGGGACAUCAAUCUGAACCAAGUUUGCUUUGCUUAUCCUUCACGGCCGAAUCAUCCGGUUCUCAUUGAUGUCGACAUGUACAUUCCCGCUGGAGAGAUAACCUUCAUCGUCGGCUCCUCGGGCUCCGGGAAAUCUUCUCUGGCCGGCAUCAUCGCCGGGCUGUACAAACUCAACCACAAGGAAGGUAGCAGUGGCGAAGUUCUACUCGACGAACAAAAUCUGCAGUAUCUCGACCCGGUCUUUGUCGCAGCAAACGUAGGCAUCGUCAGUCAAUCUCCUCCGGUUCUCCUUGGUGGCCAAUCCGUUCACGACAACGUCGCCGUCGCUCUUGCUGCACAUCCAGAACGCACAAUGGAGAGUGCGACGGAAGCGGAAGUUGUGAAUGCGUGCACACUUGCUAUGCUCCACGAGUUCAUUCGUGACCUUCCAGAAGGAUACAAAACUAUCCUUGGUGGCGAUGGAUCCGUUGGCAGACAGUCGGAGGACGAUGCUGGUAUACAGCUUAGUGGCGGCCAGAAGCAACGACUUGCACUUGCUCGUGCACGGCUACGAAACCCUUCCUUAUUGAUUCUUGAUGAACCCACCUCUGCUCUCGACCCUACCUCUCGCUCCCUCGUUAAUGCUGCAUUGCGUCGCUGGCGUGCAACAACCUCCUCUCGUUCCUCACCUAAAACCACAGUCGUUAUUACUCACGAUCUUUCCUACGAAUGCAUUCAUGAAAACGAUUUCGUCUAUGUCAUGAAAGAUGGACGCAUGGUUGAAGCUGGUUAUAGGUACGAUUUGGAGCGCAGUAUGGAUGAGUCUGGCGAAGAGGGUGAGUUCAUGAGGCUCGCUAGGAAUCAAGGGAUUCUCUCUGGAGACGAUGAAGAUGAAUCAUCUCCACGGUCGCCUGAAUUUGAUAUCGAGUUCGCUCCAGAGGGCUUCGAAUCUGAAGCUUUCGAUGCAGCUUCCUUGGAAGUCCAUCAACCUUUCUCUCACCGACUUACUAUGGGCGCUAGUAUGAUGGGUGGCUGGAUGUUCGACGUUGUCGCUGAUCUCACCAAAGGCUCUACGAAUCCAACCCAAGCGUCUAAACCCCCCUCAAGAAUUUCCCGUGCCCUCUCCCCGAGCCGCUUCAGUCGCGCGCUCUCUCCUGUUCCUAAAGACCGCAACACCACUCUCUCUCCUCUUCCUCCUGCGUUUUCUCCUCUCUCAAUCAACACCCAAACUCGCCCUCGCCGUCCUUCUUCCGUCUCGAUCCCAUCGCCCCUUCAUUUGGAUACCAUGUCUCCCUUCAAUGAUGCCGCUGCGGUUCCUGAGCAAUCCAAAGCCCCUCGUCAGCGCAGAUAUAGUCUGCAGUUUGAACCCGCAACUCCUACUGGCUUGACUUUCGCAGAUUUGCAAAAGCAAGGCUUGGACGAAAAGCGAGCCUUGGAACGUAGUGCCCAAUCUGUCAGCAUCCGCCGUCGACAAACUCGUCGCGAAGUCCUGGGUCUGGAUGCGGAGAAGCUCGAAAUAGUAACUCCCAUUGCCUCGGAAGCUACUCCCAUUGUGAACGAGAUUGGAUUUUGGCAGCUCAUUCGGGCUUUGUACCCUUCAAUGCCCUACAAACCCCUCCUCUUCAUAGGUCUCUUGAUAUGUGUCAUCUCUGGUGCUAUGACCCCAAUCUUUUCAUUUCUUCUGUCCCGCCUUCUCUUUGAGGUCUCCACUGGUGUCCAGGACGUUCGUACCGUAAACGAUUACGGAGGUCUUGUGCUCGGGAUGGCCGCUCUCGACGGACUUCUCAUGGGCGUCAAGUUCUUCUUGAUGCAGAGCUUAGGAUGGAUGUGGAUCGAGCGAAUCCGUGAAAGUGCUUUUGCGAGACUCGUCUCAAUGCCAAAGAGUUUCUUCGAUGCAGGUGUUGUCGGCAAAGAAAAGCCUUCCCCCAAUUCGGCCGCUCGUACUUCCCCUGUCGCGCUCACUCAGAUCCUUACCAAGUCUGCUGAAGACGCAAAGAACCUCCUUGCUGUCGUUGCUGGCCAAGCACUUGUUGUUUUUUCAAUGCUCGCCGUUGGGCUUAUUUGGGCGUUUGUCAUCGGCUGGCAGUUCACUCUCAUUGGUCUCGCUAUCGCGCCAGUGUUUGCCGGUGUGAUGAGCAUUCAAAGCAAAUUCGUCGCGGAUACUGAGAGGAAGAACAAGGCAGCGAGGGAGUCUGUUGCUUCUGCAUACUACGAUGCUGUUGCAAACAUUCGUUCUAUCCGGUAUACUGGACUCACAACGGUUUUCCAGCAGCGUUUCGACGUCUCGCUGGACCGUGCUAUGUCGAUUGGAGUCAAGGGUGCCAUGGUUGAGGGAUGCACAUAUGGUGUGGCGUCUGGUCUCAUAUAUGCGGCAGAAGCGCUCCUCUUUUACGUUGGAGCCGUUCUAGUCGCAAAGGGUACCUACACCUAUUUGCAGAUGGUCGAGGUUCUCGAUUUAGUUGUGUUCACUGUGACGAUUGGUAGUCAGUUAAUGGCAUUCACUAACCGCAUUGCAAGAUCAGUGCAGGCUGCUCGAGAUUUGCAUGCCGUGCUUGAAUUGCCUACUGACACCUCUGAAACCCAAGGAUUCCUCCGCCCCGAAUUUCAGCAUACGCCCCUUCCAAUUGUCUUCCAUGACGUCGAGUUUUCUUACCCAUCACGGCCUGAUGUUCCCGUCCUCAAAGGUCUCAACCUCUCCAUUGCUCCCGGUGAAACUGUUGCAUUAGUCGGCGCUUCUGGCUGCGGAAAGUCCACUGUUGCUCAACUUAUCCAACGUCUCUACGAACCCUCCUCUGGAUCUGUCCAAGUCGCGGAUAUCGAUACUCGCGCAAUGGACAUCCAACACCUACGCCAACACGUUUCCGUCGUCUCCCAACAGGCUCAUCUUUUUGAUGCUUCGGUCGCUGAGAACAUCGCUUAUGGGAAUUCCUCGAUAUCGGAAGUUGGCAUCCGUAAAGCUGCAAAGGCCGCAAAUAUCCACGAUUGGGUCAUGUCCCUAGAAAAGGGCUAUGACACCAUCGUCGGCGAAAACGCUAGCCAGCUCUCGGGUGGACAAGCACAAAGACUGCAAAUUGCUAGAGCGCUUGCUAGACCGUGUCGGAUUCUUAUUCUCGAUGAAUGCACCAGUGCGUUAGAUCCUGAAAACCAGCGGGAGGUGCUGGAUACUAUUCAGGGAUUAGACCGAAAAGGUCGCACUACGGUCAUGGUCACUCACAAGGUACCAGCAAUGAAGAUGUGUGACCGAAUCCUCGUGGUUGACAAUGGUCGCAUUGUUGAGGAGGGCAAAUACGACGAACUUGUACAGCGUAGAGGGGUAUUUGCUACAUUGGCCAGUGGUGGUGAGUGGUUUGGCGAGUGA